GCGUGGUUUCGAGGGAUGAUCAGAUUCGAACCAACAGUCGGUGCCAUGAUCCAGCCAUGAGCUCAUUCCUUACGAACACGCCUUCGUACCAUCAGGGAGUCCUCGUCGACCCCAAAUUUCCGCCAACGGAGGAAUAUUCCCAGAGCAACUACAUCAGUUCGGACUUUUUCAAUCCUCAUUAUGGAGGCGGGUACGGCCAUCCCCAACCGUACAACGUACCGCCCCAGUACGGCUACGGCAACUACUACCAUAUGCCUCAGGAGGUGCACCACAUCCCGCCGGAAGGGGUGCCGCCCCCGAACCCGGGCAUGCCCCAGUGCCCGCCGCCACAGCCGGCCAGCGACCUCAGCCCGAAGUCGUCGUCCCCGCACGGCGGCCAGCAAAAUAACGGCGAUGAUUCCGACCAAGACACCAUCGAGGAAGAUGAGCUGCUCAUGAUGGACGACAACAGUUCUCCCCUCACGAUCGACGAAAGUUCGGAAUCGGGGGAUAGGGUCAUCUAUCCGUGGAUGAGGAAAAUUCACGUCGCCGGCGCAGGAAAUGACGAUUCAAAUGCGAACCAAUUGCUGUCAACCCACACUGGUAUAUAUACAACAAAUGGAACUUAUCAGCCGGGGAUGGAACCAAAGAGACAGAGGACGGCGUACACGAGACACCAGAUCCUCGAACUUGAAAAGGAAUUUCAUUUCAACCGGUACCUGACGAGGCGGCGGAGGAUAGAAAUCGCCCACACCCUAUGUCUUUCGGAAAGGCAGAUCAAAAUAUGGUUUCAGAACAGGCGGAUGAAGUGGAAAAAGGACAACAAACUGCCCAACACGAAAAAUGUCCGGCGGAAGAAUGGCCAGGCACCGGCGAAAAAGAGCCGCCCCCGGGCAGGUGACAGGCGUCGGCUGGAAGGCGUCGGUUCCACCCUGGAAGAGCUCAGUCCCGGCACCGCAGCGCACCUGCAGGAUCUCCACAUGCCCUCGCAGCAGGAAACGUCCGUCUACCCACAGCCGACCCCGAGCCUGACUGCGUUGGGCCAACAGCUCACACCGCUGCAGCCUUCUGUCCAUCCGGCCUGCGGGCCGAUCCACCAGCCACCCCUGCCCAUAAAGUCCUCCGAUUACGGACUUACCGCCUUAUAACCCACACUGACGCUCUUGUAAAUAAACCGUGUUCCUUAUAGUCAUCUACAUCAUUCACGCCCCAUAGAUUCGUCCCAUUAUUGUUUUUGUUGUAAUUACGGACAACUAUUUUUAUACGAAGAAGCUUAUGUAAAUAUACGUGUGAAAUUUAUUGUAUUAGUCGUUAGGCAUAUUGAUAAAAAAAGAAGAAAAAGUAAUGUCUGUUGUUUUUGUUUAU